GUACACACUACCCUCCCCAGACCCCACUUUGUGGGAUUUUACUGGGUUGUUGUUGUUGUUGAACACUAGAUUAUGGAGGCGCUUCAAGGGAAAGAUCUUCAUUGGUACACCCGCGAUAAGAAAUCCCAGGAAAAGGAUAUGGAGGCUGCAAAAGAAGAAAUACGGAGGAUUAAAGAAGAGGAGGAGCAGGCAAUGAGGGAGGCACUGGGCUUAGCUCCUAAGCGUGCCACACGUCCUCAAGGUACUCGGCUAGAUAAACAUGAGUUUUCUGAACUUGUGAAGAGAGGUUCAACUGCAGAAGACUUGGGAGCAGGCCAUUCUGAAGCAGCUCGGGUAGAUGGUCUUGGUUUCUCAAAAUUGCCCAAACCUUGGGAACAGCCAAGUUCACCAUCGGCUUUUCCAUCUGAUCCGAUAAAUGAGCCUGUAGAAAAGAUUAAUGUGAGUGUAACUGUUGCUGCACCCCUACAGAAUGAAGAAGAGUCAGAGGAUGAAAGGAGCCAAAAGAAGAGGAGGCGAGAAGAGAAGAGAUGGGAAAAAGAUGAAUCGAGAGAGAAGCGAUACUUGCAGGAUACAGAUGAUAAGAGGAAACAGUCCCGCGAUUCAGAUGACAGGAGGAAACGUUCCCGCGAUUCAGACGAUAAGAGGAAGCAUACCCGUGAUUCAGAUGACAGGAGGAAACACAAGAAAGACAAGGAGAAGAGAAGAAGACAUGAUUCGGAUUCGGAUUAACUUGAAUAAUCCUUGUACUUAUUGUGUGCUACGACCAUUUACUUUUAACAAUUACGUUCUGGAUAUUUGUGUUGGAUACAAUUAAGUACCUUUUUUUUACUGCGUACAUCUCACGAAAAAGAAUGAAGCUAUUUAGUUUCUAGCGGUGACGCAAAAUGUACCAUAGAGAACUCUUUUGCCUGCUUUCUUCUACAAACAGGGGUAUAUUUCAGUA